AUGGCCGACUCCUCGCAAACUCGUGUGUCGUGCGACCAGUGGGUCAGCUCGUCAUCGAUGGUCACCGACUCGUCCGACGUGUCCGAUGGGCCCGACGGCCACACCAACUCCUUGGGCUCCAUGUCGUCCACCCACGAGGGCUUCGUGUCGCCCUCACCGCCCCCGACCUCUCACUCGCCAUCCAUGACAUCCAUGACAUCGAUGGAGAGGUUAGAGACGGAGAACCGCGUCCUCAAGACCGAGAUCGAGGCUCUGAAGCUAAGGAUCAAGUCGUUGAUGGAGGAGAACAAGUCGCUGAGGAGGGCGUCGGUGUCCAUACAGGCGAAGGCCGAACAGGAGGAGGAGUUCAUCAGUAAUACGCUUCUGAAGCGCAUCCAAGUGCUGAAGAAGGAGAAGGAGACGCUGGCCCUCAACUACGAACACGAAGAGGAGUGUCUCACCAACGACUUGAGCCGCAAACUCAACCAAUUGAGGGCCGAAAAGGUGCAGUCCGAGCGGACCCUCGAGCAGGAACAGGAGGCGUUCGUGAAUAAGUUGAUGCGAAAGAUCGAGAAACUGGAGAACGAGACGCAACAGAAGCAGAAGAAUUUGGAGCAAUUGAGACGCGAAAAGGUUGAGCUCGAGAACGCUCUCGAACAGGAACAGGAGGCUCUCCGACCACCGCUGACACAUAUACUUUUGGAGCAAUUGAGACGCGAAAAGGUUGAGCUCGAGAACGCUCUCGAACAGGAACAGGAGGCUCUCGUCAACAAACUCUGGAAACGCAUGGAUCAGCUCGAGAGCGACCACCGCUGA